UGUUGGUAUUGGUCAAAACUUGUUGACAUUGUUGACGUUUGUGCAACCUAAGUAAGAAAAGGGGGCACAAAUGGCCAGGUACCUCGGGAUCGAUAAAGUUUUUUCUGUUUUAAACAUCAUUAAAGAGAAUGGAGGUCUCAGGGCUUCUCUGUAUAAAUUAUACAGAAUGGAUGAACUUAAACUGGGUACGUUAGUCGGAACAGAUAAAUACGGUAAUAAGUACUAUCAAAAUAAACGAUUUUUCUAUGGGCGUAACCGCUGGGUGGAGUAUGCGCCCCAAUAUUACUUAGACUAUGAUGGUAGUCAAGUUCCAGCAGAAUGGUAUGGUUGGUUGCAUUAUAAAACUGAUCUACCCCCAGAUCAAGAGCCUUUUAGGCCAAAGUACAAGUGGAUGUUGGAUCAUGUAGAAAACCCGUCGGGGACUCCAGGUCAGUACAUGCCCUACUCAACAACUACGCCAAAAAUUGAGGCCUGGAUUCCUCCAAAAAAAUAAUGUUAGUUUCGUUGUAAAUAAAAGUUGUAUGUAGUGGUUAA